UUCAUUAACUUUUCUUCAUUGGACUAUUAGUGAAGUUUGUUUGAUUCAGCUCUAAGAGAUUUUUAAAAGCUUUUUUACGAAGACAUCCGACUGAGUAGAAACGUCUAAAUUCAUCUCUUGGUGUACAUCUCAAGCCUGAUAAUGGCAAAGAGAUUUCUUACGGAAUCUUCCAGCGCGUCGGAAAAUGUGCAGGAUUGCGGGGGAUAUCAGCGAAAUUGGAAUUUUCCCUCUUCGGCAAGUAGCCCAUGCAACGGCGGCAGUGAUAUCUCUCUUGAAGACUUUGACAGCUACAGAUUGACUGGCAUACCAGCAGACUGCCCAAAUUUAACUCUGGAGCAAUUUAUCCGAACGACGCCAUCAUUUCUUAAACUAAGUCAAAACAAAAUGUCCUGCUUAAGGGGAAGUUCAAGUUGUAGCCAAACUCGUAGUUGCAAGUCUAAAGUAAAAGAACAGAAUAGCUUGGAAAAUUAUAGGAGUUCGCGGCGUAAUGUUAAACCAAUAGUAUACAAUCGAACAGCUACUCAACCUGAACGACUACAAGAUAUCUCAUCGAUCGCAAAGAGUCCGGAUUUUUACGCAAAGUCUUCUUAUCAAUAUCUCCCUACAUGCUACACCAGCAUCCAUCGGGAUCCUUCUGGUUACUAUAGUAACGUGCAAACAAACCCUUACGGAGGAAAUUACUCGUUGAAACAAGCAGACAUGCCCAUGGAGUCCGACAACAAGUCGACUGAUGAAGCUGAAGCGAUGCUGAGUGAGUCCAGUCUGGUCAGUGAGUCUGCCAGUAACGUGAGUGACGCAGAGAGAAUGGGCUGUGACACGAGUAAGAGUAGCGAAGGCGCAUCAUCUCCCAGUAAUGACCGAGACGUCAGCGACGGGUUCGAAGCCACAGGCGACGAUUCUGGCAUUCAAGACACGGAUAUUGUCUUCAAGUCGGAGGUUUCCGACAGCGAGUCUCUAGGAAAAUACCAGAGCUGUCUAUUGGAGGAUGAAGGGCUGAUUAUCGGGCCUCCAAUUUUAUUUAUGGGUCACACUGACUCACCCCCGUAUCGAUCUUUGGAUGCGCUGUCCAAACACAAAAACACAAUUUUCUACUGUGUUGCAUGUGUAAAAGCAUCUCCAGGAUGUCAGAGCAUCAAGGAAGAAACAGACAAUCUUCGGAACGACCAGAUUAGUCCUGCUGUCCAUGACACAGACCAAAGUGAGCAGAUGCAGGUGUGUGAAAGUGGCCAAGGAUGUGAGCAGCAUUGCCAGGAACAGAGUCUACUCACACUCACAGUUAACGAGAAGGACAGUCACCUCUGCUUCGGCUGCCACAAGCCGGUGUUUGAUCGCUACGUGCUACAUGUGAAGGACCACGGCUACUGGCACGCGGACUGUCUCAAGUGUAGCAAUUGUCAGGACAAUCUGAGCACACAGAAGACGUGCUACGUCAAAAAUGAACAAGUCUUUUGUAGAAAUGACUACAAUAUACUGUUUGGCUUGUCGUGUGUCAAAUGUUCGUUGCAGUUUAAAAAGGAACAGGACUGGAUGCGAGUAGCUGGCCAGCACAGAUACCACAUCGCUUGUUUCCUCUGUAAGAUCUGUAAGCGCCAACUUGGCAACAAUGAGAAAUAUCAUCUAGUGAAUGGUACAGACAUCUACUGUACAAACCAUUACAGAGAUAUGGUGAACGGAGACAACUCGGGCAAGUAUUAUGGCCAGCAGCCACCAAAGAAAGCCAAGAGAAACAGAACCUCCUACACAGAAACGCAAAUAAAAUUCUUACAGGACAGAUUCCUCCGGGACAGCAACCCUGACGGAGGAGAGCUGGAAAAGAUUGCUAAACACAUUGGUCUGAAGAAGCGCGUCGUCCAAGUCUGGUUCCAAAACAACCGAGCAAGGCUGAAAAAAUCGGCCAACAAUAACAAGGGAAGCAACCAAGAGAAUAAAAACCCGUCAACAAGUAAUGGGAUUACCGGCCCUGGCAGUAUGCAUGACUUCCAGAGCAUCGACUGGGAUAACAGCAUGGAGCCCAAAUCUCUAGAUGAGCAGUCUUACAGCAACUCUCCGACUCACUCACACACCAGGCCUGGUUCCACACACUUCUUGGACUCGGGCUACAGCAUGGCGUCAGGGCUAUCCUCCUCCAUCACCACCCCGUUGAUGUGUAUGCCUCCUGGACACGGUGCUACCUCCACCCUGGGGAACGGACCUUCAUCUCUAGGGGAAGGGAGUGGCAGUGGGGGGAGUAACUGUGAGACUCCUCGUGACCAGGAAAGCCCCCAGUUUUCUGACCUCUCAACUCCAGUCCUCACUGCAGCGGGAGACAGCAGUACGGAGGAUCUCCCAGCAUCCAGUUAUCACGAUUUCUCCAGCCUUGGUUGCCCUGGCGGAUCAGGGACUCGUCACAUCCCUCUGCUCUCGGCGUUGAAAAGCACAGUGAUGGGGGCCGGGCUAGACAAGUUUACGGACUCGCUGGCUCUCCGCGGUGAAACACAGGAUCCUCCACAAUCAUCUGGGAGGCUUUUCCACGACGGCGCCCUCUCCAGGCCAUUGCAUCACUCGGAAUCUGCGUUCAGUUCCUCCCACCUGGGUCUCUACGCUGGCUUCUACAAUAGCAAUAUCUACCACAGUCGCGAGUCGUUGCUAGGAGACCCUGCUGUUGGCGCGGAGGGAUUUCUGCGACACAGGGAUCCUCAAAAUAUGUCUUACUUGGGCGCAAAUCAAAAUUCUAUGUUUGGACAUGACCCGACUUCCGGUCCACUUAGGGGUCAGGAUAGCCCACAGUUUCCACAGUUGUUUAAUUACUUGAGUGGCUACGGUAGAUCGUCGUGCCCUAGUCCGCCGCUGCCCAGAAGUCAAGGUCAGUUUCUCAACACAAAUGUAGGAUGCAGAAAUAAAGGAACUUCUUUCUUUAAUGACACAUCAGAUUCGGUCUAAGAUUUGGUCGAAAUCUGUUAGACUCUGGACAAGUCAAAUUUGGUCACUCACUGGGCACAUCAGAUUCGGUCUAAAUGAGUUACACACUGGACGCAUCAGAUUCGGUCUAAGUGCGUUACCCACUGGACAGACACAUAAGUACGGUCUAAAUGCUUCACCCACAGGACUCAUCAGAUUUGGUCUUUAUGUGUUAGCUACUGGACACAUCAGAUUUGGUCUUUAUAUGUUAGCUACUGGUCACAUCAGAUUCGGCCUAAGUGCGUUACCCACUGCACACAUCAGGUUUGAUCUUAAUGUGUUAGCUAAUGAACAUGGUGACAGCACAAGAUCACAGUAGGAAUAUUAUUGACUUCUGUGUGUCAUUGUUAUAUUCAGGCAUAAUAACCAAAUAUCGAACAUUACGAGUUUAUUAGCAUUGAACUCAGUUUAAAGAAUAGAAAACGAAUCUCAUACGAACGCUGGUUAUCUCCCUUCGAUUCUCUUAAUUUAGUAAUAAAAUAUUUGUUUCUGAAUCUAUACUAAUCUAUUGGCAUAUUUGUACAUAUCUCUAUAUACUAUUUAAAAUUUUGUUAUAUAUUAUGUUUUAUUUUGUGUAUGAUUGUAUAAAAACAUUUUAUUUACAAUGCAUAUUCUAUGUUUAAUGUAAAAUGUGUCUACAUCAAAGUCAGUCGCAUAUCCAUAAUGUCAACAUUUCACAUUCUGUUCGUAGUUACAUUAGAAUAAAUCACAAUAAACAUGCAGGACAGCUUCUGUUAUUAUUGUAGAUAUUUUCAAU